AUGGACAGUGGAAGUGUCACCCCCUGGGCCGAUCUUCCUAAAGAACUUGUCGAGAAGAUCGACAGUUGCCCCGGUAGCACACAAAUUGACGUCCUUUGCCUUCGUUCAGUCUGCACAACAUGGCGUUCAGCAAUUCCUCCUUUCAAAAACUUUCCUUCUUUACCUCUCAAAUUGCAAGUCCCCAUCAUCCCCAACGACACGGACACUUUUGGAAGCAAUCCUGAAUUUUAUUUAAUCGAUAGCACAGUUUAUCUCAUUCAACCCAUUGAUACUAAUAAGCCUUCGUCUUCGUCUUCUAGAUCUGGCUGGUUGGUCAAGGUUAUGCAAACAGCAGAUGGAAAAUUGCGGGUUCUGAAUCCACUAUGCCACAAAGCAAUGGACGUUACGCCAGAGGAUGUGCCUAAUAAGUCAGGGGACGAGAAAUGGACUACGUUAAGAGAUGACAGUUGCAAGUCAAUUCUCGACAUCAUUGUGUAUAAAGGGAAUUUUUAUGCUGUCGAUCUAGAUGGUGAGACCAUAAAAUUUGAUUACUCGCUUAAUGAGACCAAGGUCGCUUCCAGGUUGCACAAUAUGAGGGUUGCUGUUAGACGUAUGAAGAAGAACGACUUGUGGAAUCAAGUGGUCAAUUGUUUCUUGUUGAUAUGA